AUGCAUUCCCGCCACCGCAGUGUGACACCGACGCCAACAGCGACUGUGCGCCGCAGGCUGCUGCGUUCAUCCUCGCAUGUGUUGCUCCCCACGCAGGCAUCAGGUGCCGCCACGCCGCGCACUGGGAGGCGGACGCAGCCUUCUGUAUCGUGUGCGCUGGCUGACGCCGUGACGGACCCUGAGCACCCGUGGCGGGCGGCGCCACCGCAGAAGGGCAUUCUCAAGCAGCCGCACGCGUGCCGGUCCCCGCCUGCAGGGGACGCUGAUGAUGGGACAACAAAAACACUAGUGGACGUGAGAGAAGAUGGAGGAGGGAGCGGAGGAGAUCCACCAAGAAGAAAAAGCGAAAGUCAUUGCCGGUGUGUGCACUUCGAUGAGGAGUCAAUAAUGGCGUCGGGGAUGGGGGACAGUGUCAUUCUGCGUGACAGCGACCUCGGCAUAUCUCGGCACGGCGUGGAUCUUGCGGCGCUUGGGGUGGAGUUGCCGAGCGUGCCGCUCAUUUCGAAGCUGCGUCCCUUAGUGCAGUGGGACGACGACUCGCAGUGGUUCAACGAGCAAUUCGGCUUGGCAACACAACAGUCAGGUACAUACGAGAACACAGACAAGAGCAUCAGCAACAGCAACAUCAAUAACAACGACAAUGUCGACAAAAACAACUUCAUCAGCAUUAGCAGCAGGAGCAGCAACAGCAGCGGCAUUAAAAGGCUGGAUGGGAAAUCGUCCGUUGUGACUGCGCGGGCUGAGAACGAGUUGAUUUCUUCCACUCGUUUUGUGAGGCCUCGCAAGACGGUACCUUGGGUGCGUGAAAAAGUCGACGCGCCAUGGGAGCGAUCUGCGAUGUAUGCCACCUCGUGUUCCUCGCGUGGCUCGCUGUUAGCGAGUGUGUCGUCGGGUGGAACUCAACUCCGCGGUGGCUCAACACCUCGUGUGACAGCUGAGCGUUCGACUUCCAGUGGUGGCACAAAUAGAGGGGGCGAGUCGAGUGUUGCUGUGGCAUCGCCCAGGCUGCAGCUCACGACAAGGUGCCGGGCAAUAUCAUCGCGGCCGAUACUGAAUUCACCGCGCCUUGGCGACGAUCUGAGGGUGGAGCUUCGUCAUCAUUAUCAAAAACAACAACAACAACAACCGUGGCGGCCCUGUCGGCGUUUCACGGCGACGUAG